GUAAAACUUGAUUGAUUAGUGAUAUAAUGGGUGAGGAAGUUAAGCUGUUGAGGGUUUGGGGAAGCCCAUUUAGUUCCAGAGUGGAAAUAGCUCUGAGACUGAAAGGGGUGCAGUAUGAGUUCUUUGAAGAGGACCUGCAAGACAAGAGUGCUUUGCUUCUCAAAUCCAACCCAGUUCACAAGAAGAUCCCUGUGCUCCUGCACAAUGACAAACCUAUAGCAGAGUCCCAAGUCGUUCUUGAAUAUAUUGAUGAGACUUGGAAGCAGGGUUUUUCCAUUUUGCCUGAAGAUCCUUAUGAAAGAGCUCAUGCACGCUUCUGGGCUAGGUUCAUUGAUGAAAAGUGCUUGUCUGCAAUAUGGAAAGCUUGCUGGGGGAGUGAGGGACAUGAGAAGGCUGUGGAAGAAGCAUGUGAACUUCUGAAACUACUUGAACAUGAGCUCAAGGGUAACAAGUUCUUUGGGGGAGAGAAAGUUGGCCUUGUGGAUAUUGUUGGAAACUUCAUAGCCUACUGGCUGAGAGCCAUUCAAGAAGUUGUCGGGGUGGAGAUUUUGACCAAAGAGAAGCUUCCCAAGCUAUACGAUUGGAGUGAUGAGUUUGUCAAUGUUCUUCAGGAAAGUUUGCCUCCAAGAGAUAAACUAGUUGCUUUCUUCCGAGGUCGCUUUGAGAGCACCACUACUACUUCCAACUAAAUGGUUCAUGGUAGCCAUGGAUUGCUUAUUGCAAGCAUUUCAUGCCUCAUGAAAAUUUACCAGAAUAAAUCUACAUAAAUGUAGUAAGUCGGGUUCAUGUUUGAUAUUUAUGCAUUUCCAUCUUUGUUGUGAUGUCAUUCAAAUAAUGAGUUACUGAAUUAUCAA